UUUACUAGAAUAUAUGGCCACUAUCAAACAGAUUGAUGGCCGUACCGUCCAUCAAAUACAAUCUGGGCAGGUCAUUGUUGACCUGUGUUCUGUAGUCAAGGAGCUGGUUGAGAACAGCGUUGAUUCCGGGGCAACAAUCAUAGAUGUCCGUUUCAAGAACCAAGGCCUUGAUUCAAUCGAGGUUCAAGACAAUGGAUCUGGAAUCUCACCCGCCAACUACAGCUCUGUCGCUUUGAAGCACUAUACGUCGAAGCUUUCUUCCUACUCUGACAUAGAAUCGCUCCAGACAUUCGGAUUCCGCGGCGAGGCUUUGGCAUCACUAUGCGCACUGUCUGUCCUCACCGUGACAACAUGCCUUGAAGAAGAUGUCCCUAAAGGAUCCCGGUUGACGUUCCGCCAGUCAGGAGAGCUGGAGGGAACGACAGUUGUUGCAGCCCAGCGAGGGACCACCGUCACAGUGGAAAACUUGUUCCACAAUCUGCCUGUCCGACGCCGAGAACUUGAUCGUAAUAUCAAGAGAGAAUGGCACAAGGUUAUUGCUCUACUUAAUCAGUACGCGUGCAUUCUAACGAACGUGAAAUUCUCCGUAUCUCAGCAACCUACGAAGGGCAAGCGCAUAGUCCUCUUCUCCACCAAAGGCAACCCGAGCACUCGUGACAACAUCAUCAACAUUUUCGGCGCAAAAACACUGGCCGCGUUGAUCCCUCUCGAUCUGCACCUGGAACUCCAGCCAUCGGGUACUCGCCCUGACUUGCAAAUCAGUGAGAAGUCGACACCACACAGCCAUGACGUCCGAAUUGUUGGACAUGUUUCCAAGCCCGUCCACGGUGAAGGCAGACAAACACCGGAUCGGCAGAUGUUCUUCGUCAAUGGUCGACCCUGCUUGCUGCCUCAACUAGCAAAAGCGUUCAACGAGGUCUAUCGAUCAUACAACAACUCCCAGUCGCCUUUCAUUUUCGCCGACGUCCAGCUGGAUACAAUGCUAUACGACGUGAACGUCAGCCCUGAUAAGAGGUCUAUUCUUUUACACGACCAGAAUACCCUCCUGGACACCCUCCGCAUCUCCUUGUCUCAACUGUUUGAUACACAAGAAAACAGUAUAUCAAUUGCGGCGUCCACUCAAGAUACGAAGUCGCAGUCUUCUCACAAUAGACUUACCCAACCAGGACGACUUGCUCGGAUGUUUGACAAAGCAGCAUCUCGAUCAGAAUCUGUGUCCUCUACUCCUCCAGUAGUAGAGCCCAGCCGCAGUCCUGAAGUGAACUCAUCCGGUUCCAUGGAAGACAGCCAGGGAUCAGAAGAGGACAAUGGAACUCCGCCAGCAUCACGAUCGGUGACUGCCCCGUCACGAGGUGACAAGAUGGAGAAGUUUCGCCAUAAGGAAGAUGAGGACGAUGAUCACGAUGACGAGGAGGACCACGAUAUGGACUCGGCAUCUGAGAUCGGUGCCAGGCCAUCCCCAGAUACAAAAACGCCGAAAACUCCUCGUUUAAAGACUGUUUUAGUGGAUCGUUCCCCUUCUCACGAGGGUUCGUUUGCUGUUUCCAGCGCCAGCAGAAGUCCGGGUCGACCUCGAAGGUUAUUCAGCUCCGUUCUUACUGAAAGCGCAGAGGUAUACAACCCUGUCAGCUCUGCUGCGCCUGAAGAUAUCACGCUGGAUAUAGGCAGCAACGACCUGGCCGAGGCGAUAACCCCUGCGCGAGAAGUGAGCAGCGCUUCCAUCGCUUCAGAGGUGGCAGAAGAAGCUUCGGAGCCAGAACAGUCGCAUUCGACAUCAGCCAUAUCCGGUAAAGCAAAGGCGUUCUUGCUUGCUUCUGAAGUGUACAGCCGGCAUACCGAGCCCGUUAUGCAACAACCUUUUCCACGCAUACCGAAUAACGUCAAAGCCACACACGAUGAUGUUCCCGCCGGACAAAGCGGGCAUGCCAUGCAGUCUCUUGAGACAGAAGCAGAACCUGUUGUUCGACUCAUCAGACCUACAGUCUCAUCACUUGAUAGUGGUUCUUCAAUUGGCACAGCAAACGCAAGUGCCCCUCCGUUGGAGUCGACAUCACAACUCUCCAAAGCUGCACGACGGAAAGAUGCUACGACAUGUUUGAUACAGAACCUGCACAUAGGAAAGGGAAAGCUCCGAGUGUUACAAAAUGCAGGUCCUCGUCGUCAAAGUUCCUUGUCUGUUUCUACGGCGCGUGAUACCUCUUCUGUGGAGCGGAUCGACGCCAGCGACGCCGAGUCCAAACUCCCUCUUAUUAUUUCAAAAGGUGACUUUUCUCGAAUGAGGAUCGUCGGCCAAUUCAAUCUCGGGUUUAUCAUAGCCGUGAAGCCUGCCAACCACACAAGCACUGGCACCGAAGCGAAGCAUGAUGAGCUCUUCAUCAUCGACCAGCAUGCGUCAGACGAGAAAUACAACUAUGAGAGGCUCCAAAGGACCACUGAAAUACAGUCUCAGCGACUUGUCCAUCCCAAGAGGCUUCAGCUGACGGCCCUUGAAGAAGAGAUAAUCCUGGAGAAUGCGGCGGCUUUGAAUGCGAAUGGUUUCAAAGUUGAAACGGAUACAUCAGGACGCUUCCCUGUCGGGUCGCGAUGCCAAUUGACAUCAUUACCGCUGAGCCGUGAAGUUACGUUCAAACUGGACGAUCUAGAGGAACUUAUUUCUCUCUUGGGAGACAAUUCUUCCGAGUCCUCAUAUUUACCCCGCCCAUCCAAGGUACGAAAGAUGCUUGCAAUGAGAGCGUGCCGAAGCAGCAUCAUGAUUGGCAAAGCCAUGACGAGAAGCCAGAUGUAUACUCUUGUCAAUCAUUUGGGAGAGUUGGACAAACCGUGGAACUGCCCUCACGGACGCCCAACGAUACGACACUUGAGUCGGCUGCAGGCAUGGAGCGGAGUAGGUUGGGCGCAGGAUAUACGGCCCGAUUCGAUCGAGACCUGGCAGAGUUACGUGGAUGAGGAGAACUGA